AUGUCGGCCAUUGCAUCCGGAGGCCAUCUCGUCGAGCUACUGGAGAGGCUCGCGGAGGUCGAGGCGUCGCAGAAGAAGCUCGUCGCCGACGUCUUUGCAAAGCACAGCGAACAAGCCGGUGUUUUCAACAAGCUUGUUGCGGAUUUUCGGACGAGCUGGAAUUUGUUUUCGGAGUCGUCGAAGAGCACGCUGAAGCAGUGCGCAGACGCUGUAAAGGGUGUCGCGGAGGAGAGGAAGCUGUUGGAAGAGGCGCGCACGAAGGUCGACGAGAUGAGCGGGAAAAUCAUCGAAGGGGUGGCAGCCGCCAUCACAAAAGCGAGCGAGGACGCCGUCGAGAAGCAGCUGAAGCAUGUCGAGGAGCGGCUGGUUGAGAAAGCCGUGAAGGAUGACUUGUUCUACUCGACCCUCCCGCCAGAGAGCAUGAAGGAGUUGAAGGACAUAGUGAAAAAAGGGUAUGAAGAAGCUGAAGCUGGCAGGUUGGAAGUCCUCACCGAAGCAAUGGCGAGAGGGUUUCGGGGCUCGGCGGGCCCGUCGACGAGGUCGCGUCAGGAGGAGGGGGUGGCUGGUGUUCGCAGCGGGGUUGAGCCUCGAGUUCAUGAGCGCUCGGUUCCUCCUUCGUCGGUGGGAGGACAUGGCCUCGGGAAAAAGGGUGGGAAAGGAGUGGUUGGGGGGGAGAAAAGUGGUGCCUUAAUCGAGUCCGUCGCCUCAGUCGGGAUAGGAGCCGUGGGAAAGCGAGGUGCCUCUACCCCGUCCGGCGGCGCUGCGGGGAAAGGAGCGGGGGAGACACGGGGUGCUCCCAGCCAGGUCGUCGUCGCUGUUGGGUUGCUGUCGAAGACAAAGGCCGACUCAGCUGCGCAGCUCGGUAUUGUUGGCCCUCAUGUCGAGCCUGUGGGAAAGAGGGUGUCGUCCUCUACCGCUCCCGUUGCUCCUGUCGCAGCUCCCGUCCUAGGCGACGUCCGCCUUAGCGAACCGGCGUCCCCUCCUCCUGGUCCACGAGACUCCCCUUCUGCGUCGAAGAAAAGGCAGGCGGAGAAGGCGAAAAAAGCCAGGGUGCUCCGCUACGCCGCACCUCCUCCGCCGGACGCCGAGGGCAAGGUGAGGGGCGCCAUAGCUCCUUUCAAAGGCCCGGCCAUGUGGAUUAGGAGUGGGAAGCCCGUUUCGGAGCAGACUGUAGGCGGGAGGAAGCGGUUUCUCGGCACUUUUGAAACGGUGGAGGACCAGAAGUUCUGUACGGCCAUCUGCUGGCGCGUUUACUUCCCCGACGUAAAACUGGACGAGUACGAGGGGUUCACGGCGGAUGAUGUGAAGGAAUGGAAGCAGUAUCUCAAUGUCGCCGCUAGUUUGCCGACCGGAGUGUGGAGCGUGGCGCAAGAACAAGGGCAGUGUCGUUUAGACGAGUGA